AUGAUAGCUAAUAGAGGGAACAUCCUUACCGGAAUCCUUGAGCGCUUUGACGAGAGCAUCAAGAAAAGGAGUUACAACCAAAAGAGUGAAGACUGUCCAGACGGCUCUAUCGAGAAUCAGCGCCCAACCGCGCAGUCCGGCUGGCCGAGGAACGAACGUUUCACGCUCGGCCAAAUCUCAUCCGUCCGUCUGAAGUCUCGGCCAAAGUCCAAAACCGUUCGGCCGAUCACGCAUCACGACCCGGGAAACAAGUCCCGCGGUCGGCCACGCCACAACCGCUCACGCCAACCGCGCACGACCAUGCCGCGCGAGCCGGGAAACAAGCCUCGCGGCCGCGCAACCUGUCUCGCGUACCACGGCCGAUGCGCCGUCCGAGCCGGGAACUACGUCCCGCGUCCGGCCGAGAAUUCAUCGGCCAAUCUUCAUCCGUCCGACCACAGCGGCCGACCACGAAUCCGUCCGGCCACGACCGUUCCGAUCGUACUAGCGGCCAUGACCCGAUCAUCCGGCCGAUCGUCCCGACCGACCGUCCCAACGCCGCGGUCGACCCGAAGCCCGUUUUGA